AACAAGUAGCAUCAGCAACCUUUUUAGUUGAGAAUGACGGAAGCAUCGCUGAAGACUCUGAAAUAGAAGUGACUGAAUAUAAUUCAGAGGUUAUUGAACGUUUUGAUAUUGAAAAUAUAGUAUUUCUAAAUGAUGAAAUGUUUCAAGAUGGUGGAUCUGAUACUGACAACGAAGAACUACAAAGUGAUAGUGCCGAUGAAUUGGAUGAAUGUAAUGAUGAUGAUUUUGGCGUUA